ACCUUAGAGAGUGACUCCGGUUCAUCGAAUAAGUCAGUAGUGAAUCUCUCGCCUCCUCGUAAACCUGUUGAUCAAGCAGAGCGAAGACUAAGCCCUUCUUCAUCCUCCUCCUCCUCUCUCUCAUCUAAUGGAGCUUAUGUUGUUCAAGCAGGGAAACUUAUUACCCAAGGGCUGGAGUAUGAAUCAACUGGUCAACUGGAUGAAUCAUUUGAUCUAUUUAAAGCCGGUGUGGAUGUACUGCUUAACGGAGUACAGACUGACAUGAACUCAUCUAGAAGAGAAGCCGUAAGACAGAAAACUGCUGAGUACUUACAAUAUGCUGAAAUAUUGCAAAGAAAAAUGAUCAAGAAGAAGCAGAAAUUGGAGUUAAAUCGAUCAGAGAGCUCAAGCAGUAAUGCGAGGCCACACCUUCUCCAAGACUUUAAAGUCGUGAGUAUCAUAGCUAACAAGGUCCUACUGACUGAAAGCAAGCAUACAGGACAGAGAUUUGUAUUCAAGGUACUUCACAAGCAGCUGUCAGUUCAAGACAGGACUCAGGUGGUGCGUGGGCGGAUACCCAGGAGCAAGAACAGGACACCUUCUCAAUGCCCUUAUAUGGUAAAACUAUUGCACCAUUACGAGACGGUAUCGAAUCGUAUCUUUCUCCUCCUGGAGCAUAUUAAAAAUGGCCGACUAGUCCAUCACGUUCAAUCAAUCAGAGACCACCAACUUGGAAGGAGGCUCCAAGAGAGAGAGGAGAGGCGGAGGAGAAAGAGAGAGAAGAAAAGACUAAGAGAGCAAGGAGAAGAAUUGGCUAGGAUUGUCAUCGGACAAGAGAGCAGUACUUUAUCUCCAGGCCCUCCAUUAUCCCCUAAUGUAUCCUCAGAGUCCUUAAAUAUGACUCAGAGUCCCAUCUCACUCCCUCACUCUCACGGUAGUCCUAAUCAAGACCCUCCUCCUACGCUCGAGCCUAAAAAUGAAGAUGACUAUAUACAAUAUUUGAUGGAUAAUCUAAGUCCACCGACCGAACUACCAGUUACUAGCAGUGUUGGGAGUAGCAUUGGUGGAGGGAGUGGUGAUGGAGACGAAGAAGAUGAGAAAGAAGACAUGCUGGAUGUAUUAAGGAAGCAAAUGGAAGAGCUUUGCAAAGAAGACGAGGAAGAGCUGAGUAGCAAAGCAACAAGAGAAGAAGAUGCUAAAGUAACUGAUGAUGCUGCGAUGCUUGACAGAGAAGAUGAAGCUGAGAUUCAAGCUAUAUUAACAGGAGGAGAUGGUAAAGAGAAUGAUGAUUCAUUAGGUAAAGAGGAUGGUUCAUUAAUAGAAGAUACUAAUAAAGAGGAUGAUGAUUUAUUAGGAGAUCAAGAGCAGCUUCUUGAGUUGGAGAAGCACUUAUCUGCAUUCACUUCUCUUUCUGCACCAGAUAAUAACAGCGACCUCCUACAACUCAACCUUAGUCAGGAUAAUGAUAAUACAACUACUGCUGAUCCUACUGAUAUAGUACCCAGUAGUAGUAAUGAUGAUAUUCAUACUAGCACUGAUCCACCUAACACUAGCAGUAGUAAUAAUGAAGAUAAAGGCAGCUCUAAACCUGAU